AGACAGACAGACCACUCUUUUGCGCUUCCGCCAUCGAGAGUUGGCUUGCAGUUUACAGCGGCGGCUCACUCACAAACCCUUGUCUAUUGUAUAUACUAUACACAGGUCUCGAUGGAGUCCCGAAGAAGCAGCAACGCUCGGCUCCAGCGUGCACUUUGCACAUUGCUUUUUCUGGUCGCAGUAGCCUUUUUCCUGCUGUCCUUCACUGCUAUCGACAUUCCGAAGGUUAGCUCUCUCCCUAGACGAAGAGUAGACCAGGUCCCCUUCGCGGAUAACGCACUGUCGGCCCACUUGCCGGCCGACGACAGAGUAACUUCGCCCGCACCCGAAAACGACGUUCUUGUUGUGUACGUCUACUAUGACGGGGUUCAGUCGGAGGAGGACCGGCGAGCGAGCAAAGGCGCAUUCGAUACGGGCAAGCAGGAAGAAAACCCGACGCAGAGCGAGAACCUGAAGUUCUUCCUGCAUCAUGGCCUGCAGUCCAAUGCGGACUAUCUGUUGGUCUUCAAUUCACCGGUGCCCAAGGACGCGAACGUGCCAACAAAGCUGCCCAACGUAUUCACCUGGACAAAACCGAACGAGUGUUAUGAUUUGGGCUCCUUCAGCGCAGGGGUGGAUCGAAUGAAGUCAGAGUAUGGCAGGGCGUACAAAAAGUACAUUCUCGUCAACGCCUCUGUCCGUGGUCCUUUCAUUCCCACCUACUCGACACAGUGCUGGACGGAUAUCUUCCUCGCCCCGUUAUCCGACAAAACUAAGAUGGUCGGAAUUUCCUUCAAUUGCGAUCCGAAUCACCCCCGGCAUGUCCAAUCCAUGGUGCUGGCGUUCGAUCAGAUAGGGUUCGACACAGCGGUUGGGCCCGUCGGUUGUCCGAAAACAUUGGACGAAGCAAUAGUGGGUGGAGAGACCCAGUUGACGAAGCGGUUGGUGGAUCGCGGAUAUCAGGCUGCCGCGUUGAUGACGGCUUUCAAGGGAGAGAAGGAUUAUGCGCACACAUGCACGCAUCUGGAUCCAGCAUGGAAAAACCAGUAUUUUGGAAUGUCCUUUCAUCCAUAUGAGGUCGUGUUUCUGAAAGCAAAUCGACAUAUAGAUGAUCACGCUCUAGCGCAAUACACCAAAUGGCAUGACAAUAUGCCCUCCACAUGCGAAUACCACAUUCAGUAGCCGUUUCAUUGCAUAGGAGACGUUGCGCUUCGCACAGAAGCACACUCGUCUCUGAACGGACUCGCCUACAUCACGAGAGUCGACGAUUUGCCUUCACCCCAGGGCACCUAUUUCCAAGUUAUGUACCACCGCCCGUCUCGCUUCUC